AUGGCUACUCAAUCGAACACAUCUAGUACGGGUCACGGAAAGAUCAUUCUAAAGCCCUAUUAUGUCUUCAAGCGUUUAUUUACCAAGACAUCCGUUGAUGGAAGCCCGGUCCCUCGUCCAAGAAAGGAGAGAAAGAAGUUCUUUAACAAGACAAGUAAAUCUCCGGCUCCCAUCACUCCAGUUGUACCUGUACCUGUGACUGCGCCUAUUAUAUCUGCGCCUAUAAUUGUGCAGAAUACGGCUGAGCAUGCGGCCGAGACCGAUUCCAACGGAAUUGUCGAACCCUUUACACCAAGCGGAACACAAACAACCUUGUCACGCAUCCUAUCGACCUCUCCGGAGUACACACAGGUGGCUUCCACAUUUGGCAUUCCUAAUGCCAAAAUAAUGGCUAUAUUCUCUCUCGAAAUGCCGUCUGAAAUCAAGGAUGCUCAUGCGGCACAUAAGGAAGAAGAAGCUGGGAAAAUCCAAUCUACUCCCGAGGCGGUUACCAAGAGGCUGUUCCAUGGAACCAAGUCGACAUGUGAUCCUAACAACUUGAUCAAAAAGGGGGAAGUAUGCGGGAACGUAUUGUGCGGGUUAUGUGGAAUACUUAAAGUGGGGAAUAAGACAACGUCUUCGAGAUGUAACGGUGGCAUGUGGUUCGCUCAGCACGCAAACACAUCGAAUGGGUAUACUUAUCCACAUGCAGGUACUCUACUAAGAGUGAUGUAUCUGGUGGAUGUCGUUCAUGUAACUAAUGUAGCAUACACGGUCUGUACUAAUAAAGAUCAUGCAACGCUUCCAAGACAUUUGGUUAUUUAUAAACUUUAG